UCUUCCUAACAAUAGAAGCAAAAAAACGUCAUAAAAACCUUUCUCUUCCAAACAAAUUCAACGCCAGUAAGCAUUUGGUCAAUAAAAAAACAGCGUUACAAUAAUACUCUCGCAAAAUCACUGUAUCACACACUCAUUUGUUCUUCCAGUUCGAGAGUAUCAGUGAAUUGUAAUGGAUUAUUGAGAGCUAUAAUUUGCUGAAGAAACAUCUGCCGAGUGAAAAAGAGUGAAGAUGCCAAGAGAGAUCUCCGCAUUUGGUCUGCCUCGAUGGCUUUUUUUCUUUGCUGUUGCUGUAAUCCUCUUCGUUUUCGUUUUUACUUUCAAUUAUCAGGGCUUUGGGAAGAUUGAGGAGGAACCUGAAAUUACUCACCGAGUGUUCUUGGAUGUUGACAUGGAUGAUCAACGAUUAGGUAGGAUCGUGAUUGGAUUAUUUGGUGCAGUUGUUCCAAAAACUGUUGAUAAUUUCAGGGCUCUUUGCACUGGGGAGAAGGGGAAAGGUGCCAGUGGAAAACCUCUACACUACAAGAAAACUCCUUUCCAUCGUAUAAUUCCUGGGUUCAUGAUUCAAGGCGGUGAUAUUACUCACGGUGACGGCAAGGGUGGAGAAUCAAUAUAUGGCAGUACCUUCCCUGAUGAGAACUUUAAAAUAAAACAUUCACAUCCAGGAGUCGUGUCUAUGGUGAACUCUGGACCCAAUUCCAAUGGUUCACAAUUCUUCAUCACCACUGUGAAGGCAAGCUGGUUGGAUGGAGAGCAUGUCGUAUUCGGGAAAGUUAUACAAGGCAUGGAUACCGUAUAUGCAAUUGAAGGAGGAGCUGGAACUUAUAGUGGAAAACCUAGGAAGAAGGUGAUCAUAGCUGAAUCUGGCGAGAUACCCAAGAGCAAAUGGGAUGAAGACCCGGCUAAACUUUAGGAAUUUUGCUUCUAUUCUAGUGUUGGAGAAGGUUUAGUUAAUUGUUUGUCUCAUCAUAUGAUCAAUUCUUUAUAUGCUGUAUGUUGUUCAUACAUGUCUGAAUGAGGGGAGAAAGCGAAAGCCAGAAGAAUUAAAAUCAAGGUCCAUUUACAACGUCGUUGGCGCUUCAUUCAGUCCAACUUCCAGUCACAAUCUCUUGAUUGUUCAUCAAGUGCUAUUAUUAGCUCUAUUUUGGUACAUUUUUAGACAUGUAAUAUAGUUGUGAUGUAAAUGGUGAUCGACUUCAUUCUUAUCAGAAUUUAGAAGCUGCAUAAUGAUACAAAAGUUUCAGAAAUUC